AUGUAUAUAAAAACGGUGUCUAAAAUACUAACGGUGCUGUCCACCAUAUGUUCACUACUACCACCACAAAGUGUACACUCGUGGAAAGGGCACGACAUCUCAACCCUACAGCUACUACAGGUAGUCCACCGGCACGGGGACCGGGCUAUCACCAAGAUCUACGACAAGGACCCAUUCAAAGACCUGGACACCUACUGGCCCGAGGGACUGGCUGAACUAUCACAACAGGGUCGGUACCGGUGCUAUAAACUUGGUGAAAACAUACGCGACACCUACCAGUCAUACCUGGGCGCUAAGUACAGCCCGCGUGAGGUGUACGCCCGGAGUUCAGCCAAAAGUCGAUGUCUGGACAGUAUUAACACGUUGUUGGCCGGCCUAUACCCGCCCAUCAACGUCAGCUACCAGUGGAAUGUCGGCUCAAACGCACCGUUAGGUGAGAAAUGGCAGCCCAUACCUGUCUAUACCUAUCCCAUGGAGCGUAUGAACGACGAUAGGCUACUACGGACUGAUGAUCCCUGUCCUGCGGCUGAUAAGGCGAUCGACGAGCUGUUUAACGAGCCGGAAGUCCUACAGGCUAUGGAGAGGGAGUCUAAACUGUUAGGCGAGUUGAAUGAGACAAUGGGUGCGAACAUCCGGAAUAUUCUGGACGCCAAGAAUACCUACGAUCACCUGUGGGUCGAGUGGGAAAGGGGUUACAACUGGUCAUCGGCAGAGAUAUGGAGCCCAGAAUACGAGCAAAAUAUAUUCACAGCGUUGAAGCCAUUGGCGGAACUCCUAUGGUUUCAGGAGUGGAACAGUAGUCUCGUUCAGCGGCUGAAAGGCGGGCCACUCAUCGAGGAAUUGGUGAAGAAUUUCCGCAAUUCUGUGACAAAUUCUGCCCUCAAUUCCGGUCACAGAAUAUUCGUGUACUCGACUCAUGACGCGAUGAUAGCCGUAGUAAUGCAUGCGUUGAAAGUGUGGAAUCAUGUUAUUAUACCCUAUAGUUCGACCUUGCUCUUUGAGCUACAUAAGACCUUAGGUACCGGUGCCGGGGAGGGCUAUUUUGUGAGAUUAUACUAUUAUAAUGAGACUUUGGACGCGGAUAGAAGUCCGUAUUUAUUGGAUUUACCCGAUUGUGACGAUCAGACCGAUUGUCCAUUUGAUAAAAAGGGUGGCCUUUACAAUAGACAAAGCGGAUUACUAUACAAGAGAUACCUGAACCGACAAUUAACGGCAUCCCUGCUCCUGGUAUUUGCCAGCGUAUCAAUGGCACUGUUACCCCAAUCACCCAACAUAUGGCUAUUCUAUGUGAGCGCGUGGAUCAUAGGACUGGGAACCGGCAACUGGAAUAGCAUUAUGAAUGUAUGGCUCAUCGAGAUGUGGAGGGAUAGGAGCGCACCGGUGCUGCAGUUUAUUCAGUUUGGGUUCGGUAUGGGAACCAUAGUCUCACCCCUUCUACUAAAACCUCAUUUACUGGGCGACGGGAGGGCUGGUAGUCAUACCCUUAUCGUAGGGCUAGGCUAUGGCUGCCGUUCCUUAUCAACGGGUGCCUACAAAUUAUAUGUAAUUCCCGUGGCACUGUUAAUCAUGUUUAUCAUAAAACCGUACCAAUUAUGCCCCGAUAACUUGCCUGAUAAUUCUAAAAUUUCCGAAACUAAACUAUUUGACCGUGCUGAAUCACCUCGCAAGUUUGGUAUACUAUACAGUCCCCUUAGGCUAACAGCUGGGAAAUCGGCCGAAAUGGUGUCCAUAACCGCCCUCUCCUACACCAUCGGCCGAGGGAUCAGUAUAUUUAUAUCCAUGAAAGUCCGGCCCCAGUAUAUGAUAGCCUACCACUUUGUAAUACUCUACCUAUCCAUGAGCAUUCUAAUAAUAUGGGGUCAGUAUAGCCUACCAGUGCUGUAUGCAACCAACGUGUGCAUAGGACUGGGACUGUCGGCCCUAUUCCCGGCUAUGUUCGCAUACCUCGAGCACUAUAUUGUCAUAACCGACACAAUUGGCACGUACUGUAUGUUAGUGGCGGAGCUCAUCAGUCUAUUCAACCCAUACAUGUUGGGACUUAUGGUGGAAAGACAUGCCGUGAUUGUCAUUUUUACCUUGACACGAAUAUGA